AUGGUUGAACAUGACUUUUUAGCCAACUUAAAAGUUAUAGAACGGGAUGUACUCGAUGUUGAACCUAGUUUUAAAGAUUGUGCUUAUGUCAGUAGUGGGUUCCCCGAAAUAACUCAUCGAUGUCAUUCUCAAUUAAAACUUGGAAGGUCAAUAUGCCCCCCUCCUAGUCAAUAUAAAAAUAAAUUGCAUGAAAAUAAAUGUGUAAAAAAUGGAAUUAGUGAGACGAUAGAUGGUAAGAUUGAAUGUGAUGAGAAAUGGAAAAGGAUUGUGCAAUUUAAAAUUCAUUCCGGGGAGAUUGAAAAGAUGGAAUGGACUAAUCCAGUAGAAUCCGACUUUAAAAGUGAUGAAACGAACCUGUUACACCAAAUUAGGUACAAUUUUAACGGUGAAAUAAUAACAAAUUCGAAUGAAUAUAAAAGUUACACCGGGCUCUAUAACCACGGCGAUCAACCUGAUCGUGCUGGAUAUACCAUUUCAGAACUGAUAUGGCUUUGUCAGAGCACAAUGUCUAGUCAAGUCAACAUUGCACUUUACACCUUAUGCAAUAUAAUCGAAACCCCGCCAAUAAAUGUCGAUCUGGCUCGAUCCAAAAUAACGCAUUAUAGAUGGUAUUCAUACAUCCACAAUGACGUCAAUCUGGUUAAUAUAGUUGCCAACCUAAUUGAACGUAAUCUAAAUAGUGCCAAUAUGAGGUUAUUGCUGAGGAUUUUGCGCUUAAUUUUCUAUGGCCCAACUACCACUGAUUUUACAGACGAUUUGGUAUCUGCAUAUGAACUAUUCUGUUCGUUAUACCCUGAAUUUGGCUUGGAUAUCUAUACGGUCUGUUGUAAUCUCGAUUGUUCCGCGGCAAAUAACCAGAACUCGGCACGAGAGUAUCUGUUGAAGGAAAGUAGCAUACUCAAAUACUUAUCCACUCAAAUAAAAGAGGAUAAAAAUGUCGUGGAAUGCAUUCAAAUAUUGACUGGUAUAAUAAGGUGUACAAGUGGAUACGUGAUCAAGACGAUUUUAAACCACAAAUUGUUUAGUGAAAUCAUCACUAUACAUAAUGGACUAGCAGAUGCACCAAAUUAUGCGAUAAAAUAUUCUAUAAUCAAGUUUUUCCGCUUACUCUACGUUUAUUCAAGCACUGACGUUGAACAAAUAGAAUAUUUGAAUGAUUUAUUGGGUAAUGAUGGCAUUGAAUUACUAGAUCUUACAAGUUAUUCAAUAGAAACUCCAUCUGAAAUCAAAUGUUUAAUUGAGUCUAUAAAGUUGAUGAUAACUAUUUCAGACGUUGGAUUGAUUGAAAGUGAUGUUAUAUCGCAACUGUUUGCUGAAUUGUAUCUAAGGAUUGACAGUGGAAGUAAAUUGGUAAUUGAGUGCAUAUCAGAAAUAUAUCUACUAGCCGUUGAUAUAUUAUUUAAUGGCAAUUUUAUGCCAUUUUUCCAGGAUUUGUCUGGCAAAUCGUCAAAAAUAAUAAACCAAAUUGAUCUUACAACUGAAGGUCAUUUGAAGCUUCUAAAUUCACUAGUUUUGUUUGUAAGGCUAAGCAAAGGCAGUAUCAACAACACAUGGGUUAAAAGUUGUGUAUAUGAUUACUUAGAUAAAUAUUGUAAAUUAUACUCGGAAUAUGUUUUUAUUGAUUCAUUUGAUAUCAUUUUUUCCGAUAAUUGUUUGAGUGAGCCACAAGUGACUAAUUUGGCACUAGCUAAUUUGUUAUAUGCAAUCAAUAUACUAUUUAUCACUAAUCAUUUGAAUGUAGAGCAUCCUAUUUUUUACAAGAUUUCCAAUUACCUAAUGGAAUUAAUAAGGGGUAGAACCAAUUACAGCUUUGAUUGGAAUGUUGUGGAGAAGAAUGAAUAUAAGUUCCACUUGUCCAGGACAUUGCCACUUUUCCACUGUUUUAGCAAGUUUUUGGACCUUCCCUUAUCGCAAUUUACAACAAUAACGACUAAUGGUGAUGACUUGUGUAAUGUCAACCAGUUGAUGCAAGUUAUAUCGUUACAAACUGUUACGACUUUGGAACGUGAAGAUGUAAUCAGAUCAUUGGAUUUACUUAUUGAAAAGUGGAGUAUCUACAAACCAUACCUGACAAGUGAAUUCUUUGUAACCGAAUUUAUCGCAGCCUACUUCAAUUUACCGGGUAGUAUCAAAUUGGUUGCACUGUUGGACGACAUUGAAGUGUCGCUAAAGUUGGCAAAAGUGGCACAAAUUUACCUCUUUAACAUUCGCAAUCCGAGGAUUGAAGAUGGCGAACUUGUAUUGGAGGACAUUGCUACAACAAAGGUUGUGAGGAAGAACUUGUCAUUUGAUGUAGAGCACCUGCUUGGAACAUAUAAAAAUGGAUUAAUCGUAUCGCACGUCUCCACUCUUGCAAUUUUGAUAUCACUUUGCUGCAUAAUGGAGACAUCGGUUGUUGAGACUGUGUGGAAAGAUAACGAGAUCAUGACGCAAGUAUCAAAAUCCUUAAAUUGUAUCAAAUGUAAAGAUGGUGGAAUGUAUGUUUGCCUUGGGGAUGUUGAAGAAACUAUUGUACUAGGCAGAGUUGAAUAUUAUGUUAAGAAGGAUAUGGUGGAGUUAUAUAAGGGGGUUACUUUUAUGGGUGAUAAGAACAAAGAUUUUAGAGUAGUUGUAGCAAAGGUGGGCAUCGAGAUGUUUGGUUAG